AUGCUAUUUUCUCUAAAUGAGGGCAACAUUCCGAUUGCUCAAUGUUCCAUCAGGCAUCCUCUUCCUAUUCUUCAUGAAUAUUAUCAGUCCGGAGACAUCGUUGUUGCUGGCAUUAUUUCUCAAAUCUAUAUAACUUCAAGUGUAGCCUUCAAUAUACCACCCUCUCCUGAAUUCCUUGAGGACAUUAUCCAUUUCAGUGCAAGCUGGACCUAUCAAGCCUCCAUGGAACUUCUCUCUAGACAAGGACGACUCAUCCCUAACUACAAGUGUGAUGUGGUGAACACCCCAGUUGCAGUCAUUGGAGGAUCGAACUCUGAAGUAGGCCUUGACAUGGCAACAAUCCUCUGCAUCUACAAGAUGCCACAACUCAUCUAUGGCUCUUCGCCUAUUUUGAAUAAAGACAUGCAAGCAGUUUUCUUCCAUAAAAUAUUUCCAGAUGGGGUUCAACAAUAUGAGGGGAUCGUCCAGCUACUGCUGCAUUUCAGUUGGAUGUGGAUUGGCGUGCUUUUUCUCUACGAUGACACUGGAGACAGAUUUGUACAAAACGUUCUUCCCAUGUUUGCCGAGAAGGGCAUCUGCUUUGAUUUUAUAGAAAGUUUUCCUAAGGUAUCUUUUUCUGAUGAUUUGGAUGACCUGGUGGAGGAAGGUUCUAAAACAAUCAGCAUUGUUGUGGGAAGCACCACAAAUGUUGUAGUUGUGAAUGGUGAAAUUCAUACAAUUAUGGUAAUGAGAAUGAUGCCCACACUUGCAGAAGCAAAUGGCAUAAAAAUAGAAGGCAAGGCAAAAGUCUGGAUUAUGACAGCUCAGAUGGACUUCACAUCCUUUCCCAUUCAAAGAGGUUGGGACAUAGCUUUCCUCCACGGUGCUCUAGCCUUUGCAGUUCAUUCUAGGGAUCUUCUAGGAUUCCAGAAAUUUAUUCAGAUGAGAAACCCAAUCUUGGAAAAAGAAGAUGGCUUUGUCAGGCUUUUCUGGGAAGAGGCAUUUCAUUGUCAUUUUACUGAUCCUACUUUGGAGGAGAAAGACGAACAGAUCUGCACUGGGGAGGAGAAUAUCGAGAGCCUUCCUGGGUCUGUUUUUGAAAUGAGCAUGACAGCCCACAGCUACAGCAUCUACAAUUCUGUAUAUGUUGUGGCACAUGCUUUGCACACCAUGCUUUCCACCAAAUUAAAAUACAGAGGAAUGGCAGGUACAGUAAGGUGGGAACUUUUGAAUCAACAGCCAUGGCAGCUCCACCACAUUCUGAGAAGUGUAUCGUUUAAUAAUAGUGCUGGAGAAGAAGUUUCAUUUGACCAAAAUGGACAAUUAGUAUCUGGAUUUGAUAUUAUCAACUGGAUCACAUUCCCAAACGAGUCAUUUCUUAGAGUCAAAGUUGGAAGGCUGGAUUCCCAGGCUCCUCUGGACGAGUGGUUAACCAUUCAUGAUGAUGCCAUCAUGUGGCCAGAGAGAUUUAACCAGGUAAAGCCCCUUUCUGAGUGCAAUGAGAAGUGCCUUUCAGGUUAUAGUAGAACCAAGAAGGAAGGGCAGCCAUCUUGCUGCUAUGAUUGCCUCCCAUGUCCAGAAGAGAAGAUCUCAAACCAGACGGACAUGGAUGACUGUUUUGAAUGCCCUGGAGACCAGUAUUCAAACAUUUACCAGAAUGGAUGCCUUCCGAAACAAAUAACCUUCUUGUCUUAUGAAGAACCUCUGGGGAGCAGUUUGGCUACUCUUGAUCUCACCUUUUCUUUCAUCACAGCUUUGGUGCUUCAAAUCUUCAUUAAGUACAGGGAUACUCCCAUAGUCAAGGCCAACAACCGGAACCUCACCUAUGCUCUCCUCAUCUCCCUCUUGCUCGCUUUCUCUUCUGCUUUGUUGUUCAUUGGCCAGCCUGUACAGCUAACGUGCCUCCUUCAACAAACUGCUUUUGCCAUGAUUUUCUCAGUGGCAGUUUCUUGCAUAUUGGCCAAAACCACCAUUGUGGUUCUAGCAUUCAUGGCCAGCAAGCCAGGGUCUAGGAUGAGGAAAUGGGUAGGCAAUAGACUAUCUAGCUGCAUUGUCUUUUGCUGCUCCCUUAUUCAGGCUGGUAUUUGUAUGAUUUGGCUGAUAACUUCUCCCCCAUUCCCAGAUUUUGACAUGCAUUCAAUGACUCAAGAAAUUGUACUAAAAUGUAACGAAGCUUCAACUAUAAUGUUUUGCUGUGCCCUGGGAUUCAUGGGUUUCCUGGCUAUUGUCAGCUUCACGGUGGCUUUUCUGGCUAGGAAGUUACCCGACAGUUUUAAUGAAGCCAAGUUCAUCACCUUCAGCAUGUUGGUCUUUUGCAGUGUUUGGUUGUCCUUUAUUCCAACCUACCUGAGUACCAAGGGGAAAUACAUGGUGGCAGUGGAGGUCUUCUCCAUCUUGUCCUCUAGUUUUGGAUUACUGGGCUGUAUCUUUUUCCCUAAAUGCUUUGUUAUUUUGCUGAGGCCAGAAUUGAACAGCAAAGAGAAACUGAUAAGAAGAAAGAAUUGA